CCUCUCUCCAGCUUUCUCUCCCACCUCCUCUCCCCAGCUCUGCCUUCCCCUCUCCCCCUGCCGCAGGCUGCAGGAUGGGACACGCUUGCUCCCCAGCCAGCCAGCAGCUGUCACACAGCAGAGGCAGCCAGCAGCCGGUGCAAAGAGUGAGCCUACUCUGUCAUUUAGGAUGACUCACUGGAAUCUGGCAUUAAUUUCUCUUUUUCUGGUAGUGGACGGAGAACAACCAAAAAUCUACACUGGACCAGACCAAGGGGAAGGAGGCAAGACACAUGACAAAAAACAUAGAGUGAAAUAGCUGGAAGUCCACCCACUGGGAAAGACUGGAUGGCAGAACCACUGUGCAAUGCUGCUGUAAAGAAAUGCAAAGAAACUAUGCCCCAGACACCAAUAUUUUCCAGCAUGCUUGGUUCCAGUUGUAGUGGACAAGUGCAGCCAGACAUGGGAGAGAGGUGUGUGGACCCUGUUUAUCAGGAUGGGAACCUUGUUUCUGGAUCACUGGAAGCCUUGAUAGAGCGCCUCGUGCCCACCAUGGACUAUUAUCCAGAUAGGACUUACAUCUUCACUUUCCUGUUGAGCUCAAGAGUCUUCAUUCACCCACAUGAGCUCCUGGCUAAAGUGGGACAGAUCUGCAUUAAACAGAAGCAGCAACUAGAAACGGGGACCGAGGCAGAAAAGGCAAAGCUAAAGUCCUUCACUGCCAAAAUAAUUCAGCUCCUGAAGGAAUGGACUGAAACUUUCCCCUAUGAUUUCCAAGAUGAAAAAUCCAUGAAAGAGUUGAAGGAGAUUGCUCACAGCAUCACACAAUGUGAUGAGGAAAAUGGAACAGUGAAAAAAAUCAUUAGCCAGAUGACACAGAAUCUCCUGACGGCCCUCUCCACACGGAAUCAGUACCAGGAAAUCAGAGAGAAAUUCCGGCAACCUGUUACUGACAAAGGCACCAUCCUCAAAACCAAGCCACAGUCAACUCAAAAGGACAUCCUGAGUGUGUGCUGUGACCCUCUGGUCUUAGCGCAGCAGCUGACCUAUAUUGAACUGGAAAGAGUGAGCAACAUUUACCCAGAGGAUCUGAUGCAGAUUGUUAGCCACAUGGACUCCCUGGAUAAUCACAAGUGCCGAGGCGAUGUGACCAAAACCUAUAAUUUGGAAGCCUAUGACAAUUGGUUCAAUUGUCUUAGCAUGCUGGUGGCUACAGAGAUUUGUCGGGUUGUAAAGAAAAAGCAGCGUACAAGAAUGGUGGAAUUUUUCAUUGAUGUGGCAAGAGAAUGCUUCAAUAUUGGAAACUUCAACUCCAUGAUGGCUAUUAUCUCUGGCAUGAACUUGAGUCCUGUGGCACGGCUAAAGAAAACUUGGUCCAAGGUCAAAACAGCCAAAUUUGAUGUUUUAGAGCAUCACAUGGAUCCAUCCAGCAACUUUUGUAAUUACCGCACAGCCCUGCAGGGAGCAGCACAGCGAUCUCAGACCGCCAACAGCAAUCGAGAGAAAAUAGUCAUCCCGGUUUUCAACUUGUUCAUUAAAGAUAUCUACUUUCUGCACAAAAUACACACGAAUCGCUUGCCUAAUGGGCAGAUAAACUUCAAGAAGUUCUGGGAAAUUUCAAGACAGAUUCAUGAUUUUCUGACAUGGAAGCAGGUUGAGUGCCCUUUUGAAAAAGACAAGAAGAUCCAGAGCUACCUACUCACAGCACCCAUUUACAGUGAGGAAGCUCUGUUCAUUGCAUCCUUUGAAAGUGAAGGUCCAGAAAACCACAUGGAAAAAGACAGCUGGAAAACACUCAGGUAUAAAGCUUCCUCAGAACAUGAGUCUUUUUGCAGACCUACACAGGCAUGUGAUCAUCAGGUGCCUCCCUCCUAUUUGCAUAUGCAGUGUAAGACCAUUUUAGCCCAUAUAGAAAUAUUUUUACUGAAAAAUCUGAACCUAAAAAAAAUACAGCAGGGCUGUGAUUUUGAUGCAUCUUUUCCAGCCAGUCAGUACAGGCUGCAAGAUCACUAUAGGGAGUAUGAAGGAGAAUAUGCUUUGUUUAGAUUAUCAAACACAGUGAAAGAAUCUUACUUUUGUAGCACUUUUCAGACCUGCUUUUCUCAAGGAACAAACAUGCAGAUCCUAAGGAGGUGCUAUCAUGUAUCAACACCUACAGAGUCACAACCCUUGUAAAAGUACAGAAUUUUAUAUGAAUAAUCUUAAUUUGCAGCCUACUCUUAAGGGAGAAAGUCUCAAUGGCUCCUCAUCCCUCUUUGAGAAGGGGAAAUACCUCUUCCAUAUACAUGACGACAUCAGUUACUUUAGAUGAGAUUUCUUGUAAAGCUGAGGCCAAGGCAGAAAAAGAGAUUUAGGUCUUAGUAAAUGAUGUUCAACAUUUCAAUUUAACAUAUCUUGACCAGAUAAAGACUGAAUUAAUAAGUCUGUAUGUCCUAAGCUGCUACUGAGCUACAUUACAACUGUACAGUCCUACAUGAGACACUGUUUUGAGUAUUUCUUAGGAAGCUUUUCAACUCCUACCCCAUGCAGUGUGCCUUGCAUUCAGUCUGAUGACAGAGGAAUGUGUGUUAUUUGCCUGAACACAUCUUAAUGGCCUGAAGUAAUGUUAUGAAAGUUAAAUUUUCCUUUAAAGCCAGCGUCUUUACUGGAUUUCAUGUAUUCCAGUUCACAGCAGCUGAAAAUACAUCCCUUGAAGAGCUUCCAGCUAAUUGCCAACCUUUACCAAAACUGUAAAAAUUUUGCAGUGAUAGAAAAAAUAAUUUUAUUUUUUAUUGCUACUUCUUUUAGGACAACUCUGCUUAAUAGAGCCUGAGAUUUUUGGAUCUGAUCUGCAGACUUUGAAGCACAUUGAAUGUGUUUUUACAACCUGAAAGGCUUGGACUGAGCUAAGACAGACCUCACUGGCUGAGGUCUCUUUUGUAUAUACAGUAACUUUUAUGAAAUAAAAUGUGGUAAAUAUUUCACAUGUCAACCUUAAGGCACUUAAGUGAAAAGUUUUGGGUUUUUUUUUUAUUUUAAAUAUAAGGGCGGGGCCCUGUUCUCAGAGAUGAAAGGUAUCAUGGGAGAUGGUAUCCCUGGGGAGAUCUUAUUCUGUCAGCAUCCAGAUUUUUAUUUUUUUCUUACUUCCACCAAAAUAUAUAAAAAUUAAAACACAUCCCAACUAAAGCCAGUGUUCAGGUUAAAUGCUCCAUUGGACCAGUAUCCCACAGAACACUCAACAUAUCUCUCUGCCUUUAAAGUGAAGGGUCUCCUUCAAAUCAGUGAUACCAUUCACGUGUCAGUGUUUGUAGAGUCAAGGCCUUAGACAUCUGCUGUACACAUGUUCCUCUCCUACAUCAGAAAAUAGUGCCUUAAAAGGUACUGGUAUCGUUUAGUGUACCUUCUAUUACACUGGACUGGAAGUGAAGAAAAUAAAAAUAUGGACAUCUUGAAACCAGCUACAAUGUACUUUUUAAAAAAAUUGAGAAUAUGAAGUAGAGUAUCCCUGCCUGUAACAUUCAUGGUGCAGCAAACAUAUUUUUGUUACAUGAUUUAAAGAGAUCAGACGGGGUAAUUACUGGGGAACAUGUGUUUGUGUGUAUUUGUAUGUGCAUGUGUGAAGAUGCACACAUGUCUAUGUUUUAAUACUUCUGGGAACUACCCUUUAAAUUCUGGCUGUAAAAACAGUUUGUGUUUUCCUUUCCAAAAAAAUCAGGGAUAUUUUUCUUUUGUUUAACAGAAGAAUGUCUAACCUAGAUUAUCUCUGCAAAACAGGUUUAAUGUGUUUUUUCAAAACAGAUUUUGAAAAAUAAAAAUUAUACAUGAGCUAGGGAGAGGGAAGUAAACUCAGAUGUCCAAUUUGAAGUUAAGGCUAAGAUUUCCAGAGAAGGUUAAGAAGAGUUCAUCACCACUGAACUGAGCUUUUAACUCCCUUGUUUUCUUCGAAAAUGCUAGUCUGCACUUACAGACAAUUAAAGUGAAGACCAACUUAUGAUACAAGCUUUUUCUAGUAUUUUGCAAGACAUGCUCAAGUGUCUGGGCUUGAACCCCUUACCUCAUCAUAAGAAAUUGGUCCAACCUUUGAACCCAGGUCAGUACCAGAAUCAGAGAUGAUCUGUAAACCUGAUGAUGCUUACCAUGUCUAAUUUCUCCAUUUAGCCUUGAUUUUACACCUGGUUUUGCGACCAGAAUUAGCAUCUGAGGAGUUUAUGUUCAGAUUCAAUGUACUAAUUUCCAGGAAAAAAUACACAGUUCAGGACUUGCUUUCUCAUCUGAUCACUGAAUCAAGAAAUAAAAUAAACUCAGAUUAAAAAAUAUUCUGUUUAAUGAAUCUGUCCUUUCCAGUAAUUUUUCUCUUAAGGCCUGAGGGCUGGAUAUUUGUAAAGAUAAUUAUAUGAGCCAGUCAAUUUAUUUUUUUUAGUAUUUUUUUUUUUAAACAAGACUCAAGUUCACAGUGGUUGCAGCCUCCCUCAUAGAGCCAAGCUUGCAGAGCACCUCUGUACAAGCUUCUUUAAAAAUUUGCAACAGUAAGUAUAUGGGUUUUACCUUACUCUGCCUUCUUUUUAAGGACAACAUCUGCUGGAUCAGGGGUCUUGUUUGUUCCAGUCCAGUAGACUCUUCUUGCCUAUGCCUAACAACCAAGACAAGUGCUAUGCUGCACCAGCAUCUGCACUCACUCCGUAGAAAUUAUUUCCUGUAUCGUUCCAGUAGUACAGUAAAAAAUUAAAGAGUCUCCCCUCUCUCUUUGUUCCGCUCCCUCCCUUGACAAAUACUUAAAAUUGGAAGACUAAGCUGGGGUAAGGGGGAUAAAUCAAUAUCUUGCUAUUGCCAUAGCAUUAGUAUCAAAGAGAAAUAAAGCAAGUUAUGUCAUGAAGAAGGAACAAGUCAAAUACUAACUCUUAACAACAGCCCAGAAAAGGGGAAGGGAUAACUCUUAUGAUCUGCUGCUAUUUUUCCUGUGCUGAAGUACUGACCUUCAGCCCUGGAUUAAAGUAAGAAUAUUUAUAAACUGUAUUAUUACAGUGUUUUGCACUUUCAGAGAUGUUCUAGCUAGUAACGUUGUCAGACACUAUAAGAGGGAUUGUAUAUCAGCUUUGUUUACGUAACUGAAAUUUUAAAAGGAUGCUUAAAAUUUAAGAAAAAUAUAUAUUUGAAAUGGAAUUUUAGAACACUUUCUGUAAAUGUAUAAAAAAGCUUUCACAUGAAUGUGCACUUCAUUGGUCAAUCAGUCCUAGUGUACACUUGAAAUCAAUGCAGUAUCCACAUUGGUUCCUUUUUAUUUUUCCUCCCUCAGUUUGAUACAUCCCUUAAAAACUGUGUUCUGCUAUUCUGAGCUGAAAUGCUAAAUAUAAAGCUGUACCAUAAAGCAGGAUAUUCCGUGUUUGAUUGGAUGUGCUUGCAUUAAUUAAAAAACCCCCUUGCUUCAA